UAUGGCUGAUUUAGGUAAAUUGAGAAGAUGUGUCAACGUAAUGCUUAGAAAUUGCGAUAAAAGAAAUCUUUACAUAUAUCGAUAGCAAAUGGAUAGCAAAAUAACCCUAAGCCAAGGGAAAUCUAGAUUUGUAUCCCCUAAAACUAAUGUUUAGGAUUAUAGCUGAUUAAGGUAAAUUGAGAAAAUGUGUCAACGUAAUGCUUAGAAAUUGCGAUAAAAGAAAUCUUUGCAUAUAUCGAUAGCAAAUGGAUAGCAAAAUAACCCUAAACCAAGGGGAAUCUAGAUUCGUAUCCCCUAAAACUAAUGUUUAGCAUUAUGGCUGAUUAAGGUAAAUUGAGAAAAUGUGUCAACGUAAUGCUUAGAAAUUGCGAUAAAAGAAAUCUUUACAUAUAUCGAUAGCAAAUGGAUAGCAAAAUAACCCUAAACCAAGGGGAAUCUAGAUUCGUAUCCCCUAAAACUAAUGUUUAGGAUUAUAGCUGAUUAAGGUAAAUUGAGAAAAUGUGUCAACGUAAUGCUUAGAAAUUGCGAUAAAAGAAAUCUUUACAUAUAUCGAUAGCAAAUGGAUAGCAAAAUAACCCUAAACCAAGGGGAAUCUAGAUUCGUAUCCCCUAAAACUAAUGUUUAGCAUUAUGGCUGAUUAAGGUAAAUUGAGAAGAUGUGUCAACGUAAUGCUUAGAAAUUGCGAUAAAAGAAAUCUUUACAUAUAAAUUAACUAAUUUUCAACAGGUUUAGCUCAGACUUGUCUGUGACAUAGUUCAAUGGCUUUCAAAAAGACUAUAUUAACAUAGAUGAAGAUGUAAACACUAGAAAGUAACUGUUCUAAAAAUAUUCUUUUUAUAGAAGAAAAUUCUCUUGAGAGACCCGAAGAAAUGACUUACACUUGAAAAAUGAGGGAAACAAGUGUUUUAGAACGAGGCUGAAACGUCAAUUUCCUUUAAGUAACACCCCAAGCAAUGAUUUCAUACUUAAAAUGAGAAAAAAUUUUUAGAAAGUUCACAUAGGCAAUAGCACCAAUAUAGUUUGCAUUCAUUGAAAUGUUACCAAAUUUAUGAAACAAUUUCUGAAUGGUAUUGGAGAAGAGGCAUGAUACUUCCUGCCCCUAAUUUCCCAAGGUGCCUGAUACCUCCAGAGCAAUAGAUUUACCUAAUAAGAAAUAAUGUUUCAUUAGAUUAUAAGUAUUACGAUGGAAAUGCAACUUGCACUGAGGCUUUGUAGACAACUUUGGAAAUAGAUAAUACUUUAGACUACCAACGACUCUUAGAAUAUAAUUUUAAUGUUCCAGUAAAAAGAUAUUUCUAGCAUACGCCUAUCUGGCUUAUAACUGCUUUGAAGUUUUUUACAAAAUUCAUUGCACUAAAAAUUGUAUGAGUCACCUUAUGAGUCACCAAACAGUUGCUCAAAAUGUCCUGGUGCUAAUUACAGUCAUCAAUAUAUCCUCAUGGGAAAGUUUAAUCUUUGAUUCCAACCCAAUUUCCUUCCGCAUAUCAUAAUAUAUAAAUGUGCCAAUAAAUGAUUAAACUUGAAUUGCUACAAGGAACUCGGAAAGUAGCAGAGUGCAAAAACAACUGCUGUGGAAGGUGUCAAUUUGUAUCAUUGGCUGGUUUGAGAAACAAUAAAGCAGCCAGGCAAAAUGACGUUAUUCCUCGUCCGCAAGUUUUAUCUGUUGGCUGUAGUGAUGGUGCAAGUUUAUGGAAAAGACCCAAAUUACCGCAACAUAUUUUACCAAACAACAAAAGAAGUUCAGAAUGAGGAGCUUUCAAAUAUUCAAGGAAAAAUCCCUGCUUGGAUUGAUGGAGAUUUCGUUCGUCAAAAUUGUGCCUCGUAUGGUGAUAUUGAUGGAUCAAGAAAUGACUGGAUACCACACAUGUUUGAUUGCAUUUCCAUGGUCGGACGCUAUGAGUUCAAAGGUGGCAAAAUAAGAUAUUCUAAUAGAUUAUAUGAUACGAAGGAAACACGCAUUUGGAAACACUACAAUUACAGUAUAGCAAAGUCCAAAGUUGGCUGGAAUACAGUUUUUUCUACAAUAAAUGCGUCUGCAUACUUGAAAAACAUGAGGAUGCAAUACAACGAGACAUUGCAUACCACACCAAACAUUGUAUUCUGGCAGUCACGGCCUGAAGAUCCAGUCUUUGCUAUGACGGAAUCAGUGUACAGUGCAGCAGAACUCAAAGUCACGCCAGAGCUCGAUGUACUUGGUAGCUAUCUAGGAAAGUUUCACGAUAAAGGAUUUCCCAACAGUUCUACUCACGACUUUGUUAUCAGUCCUGCGCAUGAACAGCGAGAAAAAGAUGGAACAAUCUGGCAUUCAACUAUUGACAUUGAAAGAGCCUCUCCAAAAAAGUUUGAUGACUUGGAAGCAGCCAUCAUUGUUUACAAAAUGAAAGGGCCUAACCGCACUGUAACAGGUCGUCAUGUCCUUGGAAAGUACAAUCUUUCAAAAUGUCGUCUAGGACUGGGUCUAGAUGACAUAAAUAUCAUGCCAGGGUAUCAUCACUACAUGGAAACAACAAGCAACUAUGCAAUUGUCCCAAUGUCUUCCUAUCUCUUUGACUACUGCCAACACUAUAUGAACAUAAACAUGAGAAGGAUACUCGGUCUUUUUCCACGCUCUUUCAAAUUCUACCCAAACUUCAACUCGAGCCUUCUUCUUUUUGAUCGAAGCAACAUGUCAAAUGUGCACAGAGUAUUUCUUCCAUUUGCUAGAUUCUUCACUCAUAGUGUGAAUGCCUUUGAAGAUCUUAACUACAUCUACCUAGAUACCAUAGCCUACCAUAAUACUGACCUUUACGAGAAAGCUUUUUCACUUUAUGAGGCUAUGAAUGGCUACACGUUGAACACAUAUUUUAUUCGCAUUGCCAUUAACAAGAAUACAUGGUCUUAUGAUUCUUCUUUGAGUGGCUCUCUCACUCAAACUGAGCCCUAUGGAAAAGCAGAAUUCACACAGAUAAAUUACGAUAAAUUUCAUAACAAAGACUACACAUACACUUACUUCCUGAGCAACCCGGUAAAUCCAGAACCUCGCAUUGCUAAGCUAAACGUGAAGACAAAAAAUAUAACUUACUGGGUUCCACCAGUUGGGUAUUAUCCGCAAGAGCCUGUAUUUUUGCAACCGGACGACGCGGUGGGUGAAGAUGAAGGCGUAAUUUUAUGUUCCGGUCCUGUUUCUGAUACAAUACCAUCUUCAAGCUUCCUAGCUGUUCUCAAUGCAACGGACAUGAAGCUUAUUGCAAUGGUGAAGAAUCCCAAUACUGGCUUAAUAAGUCUUCAUAACAGAUUUUACAAGUCACGUGUCCCAGCAACAAAAGCGCCAGCAACAACAGUUAAAACCAAACCAAAAACAACCCAGUCAUCACCUGGAGUUUCUCUUUCCAUUGUACAGAGCAUCUGGAUUGUUGCCAGUUAUAAACUUUUACGGUUUUUGUUGUAGUCAAACUUGAAAAGAUGUAGCUCACAAAGUAUUCUUUAUUUAUUUAUAAUUAAUAUCUCCCGGUUUGUUAGAAUGUUCAGAGUUUAGUUGAUUCAAAGAAUUCGAAUUUUUUUUGUCAACAGUUCUGUGAAAGGUUCAACAAAAAAAUUAAGAUUCAAAAGAUGAUUCUAUAAUUUUGGUCUUUGCGACAAAUUGCAGAAUAAGUUUACUCUCACAGAAUUAAUUAACAUAUUGUGUGCGGGGACCUUUCUCUUUUUCUUUCAAGAUAAUAUUUAGAUUUCGCACUGGGAAAUAUUAGUAAAUGCACUUUGACAUAUUUUUUUAACUGUAUGUAGUUAUAUUUAAUUGGUUUUAAUCUCCUAACAAUCAAUCUGAUGAAUUGUUGAACUUAUAAUUUGCAGUGGCUUUUGUCAUGAGU